AUCGCUACAAUUUCUCCAGGGAUGACAUCAUGUGAAAACACUCUAAAUACAUUGAGAUAUGCAAAUAGAGUAAAGGAAUUUGGGAUUAGUCCUUCAGACAUUCCCUUCUCACAGGGUAGUGGCAGUCGCUCUGAUCUCUCUCCUUCCUAUGAGUAUGACGACUUUUCUCCUUCAAUCACCAGAGUGAAGGAGCUGAUGGUUGAUCCUAGUGCUGCAGGAGAUAUCUGUCCCAUUAUACACCAUGCUCCCAAUCAGGUCGAUGACUUAGAGACACAGUGGGGUGUGGGGAGCUCUCCUCAGAGAGAUCUCAAACUGCUUUGUGAACAAAACGAAGAGGAAGUUUCGCCACAGUUGUUUACUUUCCAUGAAGCUGUGUCACAAAUGGUGGAAAUGGAAGAACAAGUAGUAGAAGACCACAGGACUGUAUUCCAGGAAUCUAUUAGAUGGCUGGAAGAUGAAAAAGCGCUUCUUGAGAUGACAGAAGAAGUAGACUAUGAUGUGGAUUCUUAUGCUACCCAACAUGAAGCAAUUCUAGAGCAAAAAAUUGACAUUCUCACUGAACUUAGAGAUAAAGUGAAAUCUUUCCGGGCAGCUCCACAAGAGGAGGAACAGGCCAGUAAACAGAUCAACCCAAAAAGACCACGUGCCCUUUGAAAUGGGCCUCUGCUCCUAAAGGAAUCUACGAACCUGUACUGCUGUAAGACACAUUUGUUAGAAAACCCAGUGACCCUAAAAACUCAACUACUUGAAAGUGUACAAAUGUUAGAAAUGUCCUGUUUAUUAUUUGUCUGAAUUAUAUUUUCAGUUUUGUGUGGAAUGCUCCUAUGAUGUCUACAAAAUGCUUCUAGACCAGACAGUACAAUCAUGCAAGAUUCAGAUCUGUGAAGCACUUUGUUUAAAAUAUUUCAUUUAUUCAAAUUGUGAAUUUUGUUUGGAAAUAUUUGCUAUGUUUUUAAUAAUGAAGUAAAACUGUGACAAUUGAAAAGUCACAGUAUUUCCUAUUAACUAUGUUCAGUUUUCUUACAAAGAACAAUUGUGCAGUUUUAAAUUGUAUUUGCUACAUGUACCUCACUAGUGGUUUUACAUAACUUAUCUUCUACAGACAGCUGUGCUUGCUUCUUCCCAUUCUGUGCCUUGAUGAAGGCUACUUAACCCUAAACAUCUUCUUUCUGAAGCACAGCCUUAAUAAACAACAUUCCUUAUUUGUCCAUAUAAAUUACUUUGUGUGUACAUAUUUUUAAGGUGCUUUGAGUCUUUUUUUU